AUGAUCCAAUUGCUAUUCAUUUGGGAGCAAUUUUCAUAUUUUACGGCAAAAAAACAAUCAAGUAAUCAUCAAGAGAACAUUUCAAGACAUGAUAAUGACUGGCAAAAGCUUAGCCCAGAAAAGCAAGCUUAUGAAUGGUUUGGAUCAGUUAUAGAAGUAGUUAAAUCACCUAAUAAUAAUAGUAACUCCAUAAUUGUAGUUGGAGCACCAGGGUAUAGUAAUAAGAAACAAACAGUUGUAAUGAAAAUCGGAAAUGGGUUAUUAUUGAUAAAAUAUGGGCCAGAAAGUUCAUCACAUCUUGGUAGUUCAGUAUAUUGGGAUGAAAUUGAUAGUGAGAGUAUUGAAGUCAUUCCUAAGGAAUGCAUAAAUGGAAACAACAACACAAGAUUUGGAAGUAAAAUAAUAAAAAAUGAUUUUAAUGGGGAUGGUAAAAAGGAUUUAUUGAUUGCUGCCAAGCAUUCCAGUACUUCCUCAAGAUUGGGAGGUAGUGUUAUGAUAAAUUUGAGCUAA